AUGACCCUCCAAGGCAGAGCUGACCCAGUCAGGAACCAAGACAAUGCAGCGAGCAACACAGCUACAGCUCAUGAACCAGUUGUCACCCAGUGGGAAGUGUUUCCUCCUUCCCCCACCCACCCCAGUCUCCAAGACAAAAUGGGGACGGGGUCUCCACAGUUGCAGCAUGAGGCCCCCAAGGCCAAGGAGUUGUUCUCGCAACAGCUAGCUGAGGCCACAACGGCACCCCGGCAUAUUCCACGACUCAAGGCUGUGGUUGAGAGCCAGGCCUUCAAGAACAUCCUGGUGGAUGAGAUGGACAUGAUGCUGUCCCGUGCGGCCACCCUCAUCCAAGCCAACUGGAGGCGCUACCGCCUCCGGCAAAAGCUGAUCUCCCAGGUGACUGCAGCCAAAGCCAUCCAGGAGGCUUGGCGGCGCUUCAGCAUGAGACGCCUUCUCCGGUCUAGCAAGUCGAUGGUGAGGAAAGUGACAAAGGAAGAGGGGGACAUCCCUUACCAUGCCCCCCAGCAGGUACGGUUCCAGCACCAGGAAGAAAACCACCUUUUAUGCCAGCAAAAAAUGCUAAACAAGGAGACACAGUUCCCUUCCUCUGGCUCUCUGGCCCCCAGUACCCCGCAGCCCCCAGAGCCAGCCCCACAGGCUCCUUCACAUGGCUCUGGGGUGGCCUUCUUGCCGCACCAGACCGUGGCCAUCAGAUUUCCAUGCCCAGUGAGUCUGGACGCAAAAUGUGAACCAUGCCUGCUGACCAGGACUGUCAGAAGUGCCUGCCUUGUUCAUGUAGAGGGUGACACAGUGAAAACCAAGCAUGUAACUACCAGAAGCUACAAAGCAGGGGCCGCAGAGCCACCACCAUCGGGAAGGUAUGGCCAAGUGGUUACUGGACCACUCAAGAUCCAAACCCAGGCCCAUGUGGAAACAGAGAACUUCAAAGCCCCCCUCCAGAUAUGUCCUGAACCCAUGACUACCAAGACCCUGCCCCAGACAUAUCCGGUGGUCUCCACAACCAAGACCCCACUGCAGACAUAUUCGGUAUCCACAACAACCAAGACCCCACCACAGACACAUCCAGCACCCCUGAUGACUAAGACCCCACCCAAGAUGAGCCCAGUGCCCACAGUAACAAUGACCAAGGCCCCAGCCCAGGUCUCAAUAACCAAGACCCCAGCCCAGAUGUAUCCAGGGCCCACGAUGACCAAGACCCAAGCCCAGGUGCGCCCAACAGUCUCAACAACUGGCGCUUCUCCGCAGUCACGCCCUGUAGCCAUGAUGGCUAAGAUCCCACCCCAGGUAUGCCUGUUGGCCUCAAUGAUGAAAUCCCUGCCCCAGACACGUCACAUAGCCACAAUAACAAAGGCCUCACCCCAAUCGGUGUCUAUGACAACAAAGAUCCCACCCCAGCUGCGUCUGGCGGCCACCACGGCCAAAACACUACCGCAAACAAGUCCAGGGCCUACCAUAACCAAGACUUCAUCCCAGACAUGCCCAGUCACCUCGAUAACCAAGACUCCACCCCAGAUGCGCCUGGCAGCCAUGUUAACCAAGACCCCAGCCCAGGUGGCGGCUGUGCUAAAGACACUGUGCCUAUCCCCUCCAGCAGCCGGAACUCUAAAGGCUCCACCCCAAGCAGGACUAACAGCCAGAAUUCUCAAUACCUCAUCCCCCAUACAUAUGAAUGUGCAAAAGGCCAAGGCCACCAUGAAUGUGAAGCAGGCCUCAGGGACAGUGAAAGUCUCCUACUUGGGUAAUGGGAAGAUCAAAUGCUUCCCCCAGCCACAUCCAGGAGCUGUGGCCCCCAAGGCUCCAGACAAGCCUCCGCUAGAAGCUGAGAGGGUCAAGACUGUUCUGCAGAAACAGCUGAAAACAGAUACGGUAUCUAAGACCAAUGUGGCCAUAGGAAUGACCAGGCCCAUGUCCUGGACUAAAGUUCCUGAGGAAGGAAACAAGGACCAAUCGCAGGCACAUCUGAGGAUGGAGGUUGUUAAAGUCCAAUCCCCAGGGUAUGGGCCUGUAGAAAUGGCGGUGACCCUACCCCAGGGACAGCUAGCCACCUCACUGACCAAGGCCUUGUCCCAUGAACAUCCACCCUGCCUGUCCCAGGGACAGCUGGCCACACCACUGAUCAAGGCCUCAUCCCAGGUGCAUCUGUCCACCAAGGUGACCAAGGCCUCAUCCCUGGCCCAUCUUGUCACAUGUCUGACCAAGGUGCAUUCACAGUCACAUCUGCCCACUGGGCUGAUGAAGGCACAGUCCCAGGCCCGGCUAGUCACAGAUGCAACCAAGUGCCUCUUCACAACUCACCAGGCUGCUGACCUUAGCAGCAAGACCCAAUCCCAGCCACUACUGGCUGGGUCCAAGGCAUCCACCCAGCCCUGCCAGCAUCUCAGUGUCUUCAGCACUCUGCCCCAAGCCAAGCCAGAGGACAGACUGACCCAGCUCCAGCCCCAGAGCCAUUUGCCGAGCAAGACCCCCCAGGGCCCACAGCCAGUGACCCCUGAGACACAAGGCAUGCUGGUCCCUCUGCUGACAUCAGCCGGACAGUCUACAUGCAACGUUGAAUCCUGGGGAGACAAUGGAGCCACGAGGGCCCAGACAUCGGUGCCCAACCAGCCUGUGCCCUGCCAAGAGGAUGUGGCGGCUUCCCAACUGGCCUCCCUGUGCUCUGAGCUGGCCACUGUGUUGGCUUCCCAGGAGGAUCUCCGUGCCCUGCUGGCCAAAGCCCUCUCUCAGGGGGAAGUCCGGGCAGCCCUAAACCAGGCCCUGUCCAAGGAUGUCCUUGGUGCCACUGUGGCCAAGGCACUUCCCCAAGGGAUGCUGGGCAUGGUGCUGGUGAAGGCGCUAUCCUGGGGUGAGAUGGGCAUUGCCCUGUCCCGAGCCCUGUCCCGGGGUGAGCUGCGGGCAGAACUCACUAAGGCCAUGCAGGGCAAAUUGGCCGAGGUCCUCAGUAAGGCACUGACAGAGGAGGAGAGAGCAACUCUGAGUCAGGCCUUGUGUCAGGGUGAGCUGGGUGCUGUCCUGAGCCAGUCUUUGUCACAGGUGGCCCUGAGGACUGGAGCCAUUCUCCCCAAGUCUGCCUCAAAAACAGCGGGAAUCGGGAUGACUGUGAUGCCAGCCCCAUUGGCAGUGGACUGCAGGGGAAACCCGUCAGCUGCAUGGGGGCCCUCCCUGGGCCCCAUGAGAACACAGUCCAGCAAGGGUCCCGCGGAUGCUGGUGUACCUGGUGGCCAAUCGUGGAGCUCCGGCGUUCCCAGUGUAGCGGUCAGGCCCGUGGACCGCAAUGUGGCCCCCCACAGCGUAUGGGCACCGGCCAGGGACACCAUGCCGUGGCAGACGGUGGGCAACCAGGAGGCGGUGGAUCCCAGGCUGUCGGGGGAGUUGAUGAUGUCGAUGCAGGCUGUGGAGGCGAUACUCAUCCAUGCCGUGAUCACUCUCCAGGCGGGCACACGUGGCUAUUUGGUGCGCCGUACUAUCAGGAUGUGGCACGUGAGGGCUACCGUCAUCCAAGCUCAUUGGCGUGGCUACCGCGUGCGGCGGAAUCUGGCACGGCUUUACCGAGCCAUCACGACCAUCCAGGCUGCCUGGCGAGGCUACUGCACCCGGCGGGACUACACGCAGCGACAGCAAAUAUUCCUCCCAGUCAUGUGGGCGGAGCUGCGCGGCAGAGCGGUGACUACACUGGACCAAGGCCACUUCCAGGACCAGGCAUCCAGGACCCUGUCCGGUCACCGUUGUUUCCAGUCUUGUCAGCCCCAAGUUUGUAGCCUCUGCCAGUCGCUGAACUCUGGGCUUGGGAACCCGCCCAGCGUGGUGAUGCUUGUGGGCUCCAGCCCUCGAACCUGUCACACGUGUGGACACACCCAGCCCACGCGGGUGGUGCAGGGAAUGGGCCGGAGUGCAACAGUCCAUAGGGCCACAGCCUGGGCCUCUGCCUGCCAGGUGGCACCCCAGAAUCCCAGGCAGCUGCAUCAGCUUAACAAGGCUGCCACUUCCAUCCAGUCCGCCUGGAGGGGCUUCAGGGUCCGCCGUGAGAUAAGGCAGCAGCAGAAGGCAGCCAAGAUGGUCCAAGCCACUUGGAGAGGCCACUACACCAGGAACUGCCUCACCACAGAUGCACUCUUGGGGCGGGUAAACCCAUGGGCUGGCUUGCGGCAGGCACAUUGGUCUGGCAUCUAG